AUGGCCGACGCACACCAGGCUCUGGCCGACGCGCUGGACCAAUGCCCCGGCCUGGAGCCGAGCGUCCGCCGACACCUGCAUGAGGCCUUCAUCCCGGAUGCUCUGCUCGGGGCCGGACUCCUGCCUCUGGUGGAUCUGGCCGACCGGCUGACCACCUGCACGCUGGCGGCCGAUCGCCUGGCACCGGGGCUCAUCCGGCGCAUGGCCCCGCCGGGAUCCGCCGGGUCUCCCCCAGACAGCCCGGCCCCGCAGCAGGUCCCUCAGCCUCUCGGAGCCACGACCACCGAUCAUUUGGUUGCGUCGAUUCUCGGCCUGCUGGCGCUGCCCAUCGACCCGAGCUUGCUGCUGUUGCCGGGCUUGCCCCUGGCCGAGCAUGCCCCGCCAGCCCGGGCCGGGGUCCUUGGCGGGCUCCCCCCCUGCCGGCUUCCCGCGGUCGGGGGCUUGCCAUUGGAUGAGCACUGUCUGGAGCUGGGCCUGUCGGCUGCCGCGUGCGAGGAGCUGGGCCUGGGGCCCGUGGCCGAGCAUGCGGCCCUGUCCCCGGCCCCCGGCGUGGCCGAAGCCACCACCACCGAUCUGCUGGCCGGCCUCGGGCAUCUGCUGGAGCGGAUGCAUCUCCUGGAAUUGGUAUUGCGUCGGGUGCUGGCCGAGGCCGAAUGCCCUGUCCUCGGUCGCGCCCCGCGCCCCGGUCCACCCACCACCGGCUUGCAGCAUGUGCGCAAUGCAUAUGCAUCCCUGGCCGCGGAGCGCCUUCGCGCCAAUGCCAGCCCCGGGGCCCCCUCCUCCCUCCAGCUGCAAAACAUCGGCGAUUUCACCCGCCUGGCACUGCACCAUGCCAUGGAGUCCGCGGCGAAUGCCGUCUGUGGGCCGGCCUCCAGCGCUCCGGGGUCUGGCCUCAUUCAUCAGGCUCGCUGCCGGGGCUACCUGCGCGUGGUGUCCGCGCACAUGGUGACUGCUCCGCCGCUGGGCCGCCAGGCGCCCGACCCGCUGGCCGGGAACAUUUCCACCUCCUUUCUGCAAUCCAACGCAUGGCUCCAAGUGGUCGACCACUCGGAUCCGGCGCUCCUCAUGACCUCCUCGCUUCUGGGCGAUGUCGAGGCGGCCAUCGACCACUGGCUGUCCGGCGAGGUUGGCGUGCCCCAAACUUCGGCAACAUCAACCAGCUCGAGCGCAAUCACCCUCGUGGCCGAGUCCAUCGCCGAUGCCUUCGAUCUGGAUGUCCUGUUGAUUGUCCGCCCCCAUUGGUCCCUGAGCAAUGGGCUCCCCUGGCGGGUCCCCCUGUCGCGAUCGAUGCUGGCCAUCGGACCGCUGUACCCCGGGCAUCUGGACCGCUUUUCCUGGAUGGAGCUGUCGGUGGGCGGCGAACCGACGGCCGGGCCUCGGCGCGAUGUCGACGAAUCCCCCAUCGAUGCAACUGCCUCGGACUAUCUGCUGGACCUCGACCAUGGUCGUGGGAGUGUGGAUUUGGUGGUGAGCCUGCGCGAGCCGGUGUCCCAGAUUUGGGAGGUGGCUGCCGAGCAGGGGGGCCCCUUCGCGGCCCGGGGGAUCCCCUUCGGCCCGCAAACGGGCGUUUGCGCGGUCGGCCUGUGCAAAAUAGCCGGCUGA